AUGUGGCUGGGCUUGCUUCUAUAUCAGCUUGCCCUGAUUCUUCCCAGUGAAGCUCAGAAUGUGUGCAGCACACACCCUACAUUGAGAGAGGCGGCCAAUUCUGAUGUUACCGUUACGUGUGGCACUGAUCGGAUGAUGCUGGAGAUUUUGCUGUGUCCUGUAUACUUUGGCGGAUACAAUGAAUCUCUUAUGGCGCUCAAUGCAAAAUACAACCAACCUGAGUGUAAAGGAACCCCUGACUGGACAGUCGACCCACCUGUGCUGAAAUUUAAUUUCUCUCUCACCGAGGAAGCUAUUGCAGUUUGUUCCAACAAGCUCAUGAUUACUCAAGAGGUUGGCACUGGACUGUUCUCAGAUUUUUCCAGCAUCCAGUUUGUCAAUAUCUCCGGAAUGAUCAACUCUUUCGAUCCCAGCGCGGGCACCAUUACUUACCACCAGGAAAUAAUGUACAUCUUCUCCUGCCGCUAUCCACUACAGUACCUGAUAAACAAUACCGAGAUGAGCGUAUCAGGUGUGAGUCUGGCCAUCAAAUACAACAAUGGAAGUUUUAUCAGCACUCUGAGCAUGCAACUCUAUGAGGACAAUUCGUACACAUCCAAACUCCAGAUCCCACACAACGGCCUGAGGCUGAAAACUCGGAUUUUUGUUGAAGUCAGAGCCACAAACCUCACACAGAGGUUCAAUGUCCUGCUGGAUCGAUGCUACGCGACUACAAGCCCAUACCCAAUUAACAGCACUUACUACGACCUCUUUGUUGGGUGUAAUCGCGACGGACAGACAGUGAUAGCGCUGAACGGAGAGAGUCAGGUGGCCCGUUUCUCCUUCGAGGCAUUCCGUUUUGUAGAACACAAGAAUAAGACCGUCUCCACCUUCUACCUGCAUUGUGCCACCAGGCUAUGUGAGAGGACCUUCUGCAAUUCUUUACAUCAGAACUGCUCAGGAAAUGGUUCUAGGAGAAAGAGAGAGACCCAGUCUGCUGAAAGCACCUCAGUGACUGAUGUGGCCAUGGUUACGUCUGGGCCAAUCAGGACUGUAGUGGAUAAUGGUGAGAUAAUUGUGUGUGUGUCUGUGUUCUCUGGCCAAUCCAGAAGCAGUGAGGCAGUGGUGGUGGGAGUGUCUGUGGCUGCAGGUAUUCUAGGCCUGCUCUGCGUUGUCAUGGUAACCAUCAUUAUCAACCGCGCGCACUGGACUAAGAGCUGGAGCACAGACAAGAGCGUCCUCUUCCACUGA